AGGACGUGGCGGCGCAGUCGCUGCAGCCGCGAGCCGGUGGAGGUUUAUAGUAAUUAAUUAGUCACCUCCUUUGCCCCUAGUUUUUUCUCCAUUUUAUAAUCGACGGGUUCGUAGGCAAUUAGUGCGCGGUGCCGGUAGUAUAAGGAGGUUAAUGCACUCCACCCGUCGCCGGCAAGUACACCGGACAACACUGGGGUCACCCUUUCGGCGUUCUCGGACUACAAAAAAAAAAAUUCUCGUGGAGAUCCUCUGAAUGAAUGAAUGAGUGAAUGGCAGUCAUCUCCUCGAAAAAAUCAGGUCUGGUGGUGCGAAGAUCAUGAUUACGUUCUUCCGUUGGUUUCAGACGAGAAUACAAACAUCUAGCGUAGUAGCGUACUACCCGAUGCAGAAAAUAGUCAGCAGUUUACUAUUGACAGCAUCAGCACGUUGAUGCCACAAAUUGAAUUUGUAUGAUUUGCAAGUCCUUGCUGAGUAUCAAAUAUGAAUAUCAUCUUUUCAGUCGAAUAAGUAUCCUUAUCCAUUGCUAUUUUAAUAAUUUCGUCAUGAUCUUCAUCGAUUCAGGUCCUCAUCCAGUUAUUUUUAGACAUACAUAAGAGGGAGAUGCCUUGAUUGUUCCUCUGGAACCGUUAGCUAGUUGUCCUAGUCAGUGACGAAAUACUAAUUCUUCAUCUACUAUUUUGUAUUUUUAGGAGCAGUUGUAAGUAGUUUUAAGUAUACUUACAAAAGCCAUUUUUUAUCGUUGUUUUCCAAUUUCAAUUUGAUAAUACUGUACAACAUCUAAUAUAGUACAACUUACUUCAGCUUCUUCUAUAUUUUUGAAGAGAAAAAAUGCCGUCUAUCAUCCAUGUGGUUCGUGGUUGCCAGCAGGAGAGGAAGCAGGGAAUUCAAUUCCCGUUUCCUCUCACUCCCGAAGACGUAUUGGGAGUAUCCGAAAAGCUCAAUUUGAAGAUCGGCCAACGUCGUGAGGUCGACGAGGCCUAUGAACUUGUCGCAGAAACCUAUCCCGGGUACUACUCGAAAACUGAAAAAAUCCGAGUUACUGAAUUAUGAAAUAAGGGAGGUAGCUUUGACAGGGCUACUCCUACUCUUCCUUGUUCAGUAUCUUCUCGCUUAUUUUAAGUAGUUACUCGCUUAUUUCAGUUUGUCGAACGUAACCUAUCCAGGAGGGUACUCUUGAUGACACUGCUGAGAACGUCGAGAAGCUAGUCGUUAUCAUGGUUCUGAAUUCUAAUAAUGUUCCAUAUAAAUAUAAAUAUAUAUACUCACUAAACAAGCUAAAAAUAAAUCUUUACCUCGUCCACAGGAGUGCCAGUGGGAACAGCAACAACUGUGCCACGUGCUGGAUCAUCCUAGGGGUGAACGGGGAGAAAACUCGUGUGAGCUGGCUAGUAUGCUCUACCGGUGCGCAGAGUGGCUUCCUGUUGACCCGAAUUUUGGUGCACAUCGUGAACCAGAAGUUGUUCAUGAACUUUCUCCAAGGUCAGCGUGAGUCUGCCAUUCACCGUGAAGCGCCCCACUUUCCCUUCCAUGACGACGCCUACGACUUCUGCAGCUCCAGCAACGCAGCUACGGGCAAGGGCACCUCACCAGCAACAUCUGCAUUUUUAGCAUUACGUCGAUCAGCCUUUAUCCAUCCUUGUUCUCAGUCUAGUAUCUCGAUACCACUUUGAUACCAGUUCUCAGUAGUAUCAGUAAUAUGUCGAUACCAGCACUUUCCUUGUAUUUAAUGGGAAAGGAGGGGUCGAGAUCAUGACAUGAAAAGAGAGAGAAGAUGAAUAAAGGCGGACGCUAAUAGGUGGCGCAACUGUGUCUCUUCCUAAUGGUGGCACUGUGUCUCUUCCUAAUGGUAGUGGGACUAUUAAGACUUCUAGCAGCGUUGGGCAUGCUAAUGGAGGUUCUUCAAGUACAACGACAACUGCCAAAGAAAGUAACAAGUGGCACAGUGGUUCUCAAAUAGACAACAUCACGAAUAAGUACCAUAUGAGCGGCCAUAGGGGAGAGGGGCCCACAACUACGACGACUGUUGUUGUUCAUCCACAACCUAACACCAACACCAACACCAACAUAACUAACAUCACGCGCCCGCCGCCACCCGGAACUACCACCGGUCGCGAGGCUCUGGCGAACAAAGGAUCUUCCUAUAAUAACUUGAUGUCAGCCGUAGUUGUUGAAAGGGACGACACUGGCACCACGACGUCGACCAAGAAGCAACAUUACACCAAGAAUAAAGAGCCAAUUUAUCACAGUAGUGCACCUACAAAUGCAACUGCCAUCACCACGAAUGCGAACACCUCUGCUACGAACAACAAGAAUCUGAACAUAGUGGAAGAAAAGAGAGGCACGAACUACGCAGCAGCGGGGGAGCAAAAGGUAACGAAAUACCAAUGUGAGAUCCUGCGAUGUACCUACUAAUUAGUACCAAUAUGAGAUUCUACGAUGUACUAUAAUAUGCAUGAAGAUUGUGAUUGACUCUAUUGCAGAAUUAAAAAAAAACUACAUGAAAGAACUACAUUUGAAGAUAGAGUAAAUAACACAAUUAAUAAACUACUUAGCAUCUUCAGAUAUUAAUAGUGAUAGUGCUGGUACUAGAAUGUGCUUGAUCCUCCACGUGUCCAUCGUGUCUUUUACCAUGCCUAUAUAGUUUCGCAUUCACCAUCACAAUUAAUAUUGCUCAGAUCGCCUCUUCGACUUCGAAAUCUGGGCAACCUUGGUACAUGGAAAACAAGUACAACCGCAAUAAAGAUAAUAUUAAGGCUUGUUCAGGUAAUCCAUCCUCUUGAAAGCACUAAGACAUCAAAGCACUAAGUCAAGAGUCAAAUAGUUAAGAUUUCCUCAGAAGUAUCUUGACUAGGCCUUUCUCUAGGAGGAAAGCAAGGGCAGGAUGACUUUCGAGAUGGAUUCCGGGAAGCUCUAAUAAUAAAGGUGAUUAUAGCGCGUUCACAGCUUCAAAGGAAACCUCCAGCAGGGAUAACAAGGAUGCGCCUCCCCCGCCUACUGCCGGAGAUGGUGGAAUCGUCGUGUCUAGUAAGAAACGCGAUGAGCAGCGCGAGCCAUGGAGAAAGAAUAAGAAUUGUGAAGCUGUCUGGGGAAACGCAAACGGCGGAGGUGGUGGAAAAAAGAAUGGCGAUCAGACUCAGCACAGCGGAGGUACCGGUAGAAGUACAACAAGAAAAGAUAUUAAUGAUAUUGACGGAAGAACUACUUCUUCGUCUGCGAAGCUGAUCGUGCCAACGAGUUUCUACGCGACGGGUCCAGGUUCUUCAUCGGGGAAAGAUUCUCAAGAUUAUGGGACAACUGAAUCUACAUCCGAACUACGAGACGAUCAUCGACAUCAGACGUCUCGCAGAGGACAAAAAGACGAUCAUCGGCAGACUCAUCAGACGUCUACUAGUGCAAGAAGAGCAGAAGGCAGCAAGUCACGAGCUCCUGCUCCACCUCGCCUACCUUCUCGGGAGCAAUUGGAGACCAAGAAAAGGAGGCCGCAGGAAAAUAAUGGAGGACCAAAUGUUGAGGUACGUACUUAGACGUAGUACUAGACAUCUUCAUCUUCAUCUAGAAGAAUUAAUGAGAAUAAUAAUAUCACACCUAUCAAUUAAAAAGACUUGACUGAAGUCCUCUCUACAUUCUUACUCCUUCGAAGUACUGAUCUUGGAAAGUCCUAGGCUCGUCUUAUUAUAUAAAUACUUGUUGUUCAUGGAUGGCCUAGUAGUACCAACACGAAGAUAUUACAGUAGCAGGACUGCAAUGAGAAAGAACAUCACUUUUCUUCUUAAAAAUCAGGCAGAAAAUUUAGCAUGAUUUUUUCGGAUUUUUUUAUCAGGUUCAGGUCAGCAGCAUUAUGCCCAAGAAGAAAGACCAGCGCCCCGUGCGAGGGGGUAUCGGAAAUCCAUGUCUUAGUGUGGAUUCAGCGUCUGAGGAAACUGGGCUUGACGAGCCCGCUCGGAAAAAAACGCGUACUGCAAGAACAGAACACGAGCAUGUUGUAAAAACGAACAAGGUAAAAACUGCGCUACCUCCAGUACCCACCACCACUCAGACAAAGUCCAAUAUUGUUGAUGUUGCAGCGGCUGAACUACCUGAAGCACAACAUAUUAAUCCUCAUCUGCAGAAACAGGAACAAGAACAACAACAACAACAACCAGUUUGUUCUCAACCACCUCUGAAUCUUGAUGAAGUACUAGAAGUACCACUAGAAGUACUAGAGCCUGAGCCAGGAGUCUCCGCUAGAGCAGGAAAUAACCCAUUCGAAUCCAGCACGGGGAAUAAUCCCUUUGACGCUAUGGCACCACCUACGUUUAAUGACUUCGCAGAAGACUACGUCGAAGAAGAUCAUUUCGGUGAUGGAGGCGACGAGGACUUGGGUAGCAAUGCCUCGUUCUUUGAGACUCAGGACGAGGACUUGCUUGACGGAAAUGGCGAGGUUGGAGAGAAAGCUCAUUAAGGGACGUCGAUGAGCACGUGUCGAUAUAUUCAACAAAUUUGAUGAAUGUCUUUGCGUGCUUUCAUGUACAUGUAGUUCAUGAACAUGUACUAGUACACGGAUGUUGAAGAUCCAGCACAUCAUAGCGGAGGUUUCAUGGAGAGCUUUCUUUCUUCAGGAGAGCUUUCUAUAACUCGUGGAGGUCCGUUUUCGUUUUUCCCAGCUUUUCUCACUCUAAGAAACCGCCAACGACGACCGCGACGGCGAAAAAGAUUGCACAGACGCAGGGUUAGGAGGUGGAGAAAAGAAAAAGAAGGGCAGAGGAAAGAGGGGACGCGGGCAUGGAGUGAAGAAAAACACUGGAAAAGGAGGCAAGAGUGGCAUCAAGGGCAAUCAAGGUGGAAAGGGUAACGGAAAGGGUGGACAUAAAACAACCGGCGCAUCGAAAAAAGGAAAAAAGGGUUCAUCUGGAAAGGGGAACGCUGGAAAAGCAUAGCAAGCGCCGCCCGAUUUCUAACUUGAAGCAUGAAUGACACCAAAAACAACAAGGUAAAGGCUUCUAACACUUGGUGUUGGGGCCCCUACUGGAUGAUCUGUCUCCUCCUGUUUCAGCUUUUUCCCACAUCCCAUACGACCCCCAAUAGAAGACGACCAAACUCACUUCCAUGGUCACACGUAUUCAACGACAGCGACACAUCAAAAGAUACGUUCGACAGUAUUCCCAUCCCAGUUUAGACCACGAUAAACAUUGGACCUGAAUGUGAAAAAGAUAUUUUCUGAUGUGUGUACAACGAGAAGUCGAGUCAAUUUUAGUGUGUUUCUACUUCACUGAUAUUACCUCCAACUACUUACUUAGUUAC